UGCAUCGCUCCUUCUUCUGAUCUCUCUCUCUAGAAUGGCGUUAGAACAAGGCCAAUUUUCGGCGAACGAAAGUUUGUCAGAGAAGUUUCUGGCCCAACACAAGGAGAAGCAUUUCACCGCCGGUGAAAUUGUCCGCGACGUCAUCAUCGGCGUCUCUGAUGGCCUUACUGUCCCCUUCGCCCUCGCCGCCGGUCUGUCCGGCGCCGCCGCACCUUCCUCUCUCAUCCUCACCGCCGGACUCGCCGAGGUCGCCGCCGGCGCCAUCUCCAUGGGACUCGGCGGGUAUCUAGCGGCGAAGAGCGAGGCGGACCAUUACUGGCGCGAAUACAAGCGGGAGCAGGAGGAGAUCGUUAGUGUUCCUGACACUGAGGAAGCUGAAGUAUGCGAGAUACUCGCGGAGUAUGGUCUGCAGCCCCACGAGUACGCCCCCCUAGUUGCAGCGCUCCGCAGGAAUCCUCAAGCCUGGCUGGACUUUAUGAUGAAAUUUGAGCUGGGAUUAGAGAAGCCAGAGCCAAAGAGGGCACUGGAGAGCGCCAUGACAAUCGCCUUCUCCUACAUUGCAGGUGGGUUGGUGCCGCUGCUUCCUUACAUGUUCAUCUCCACUGCUCAGAAGGCAAUGUUCAUAUCUGUUCUUGUCACUAUUGCUGCGCUCCUUUUCUUUGGCUACGUCAAAGGCCAUUUCACAGGCAACCGCCCGCUCUAUAGCGCUUUCCAGACAGCUUUUAUCGGCGCGAUCGCGUCUGCUGCCGCAUUUGGGAUGGCGAAGGCCGUGCAGGCCCUCUGAGUUGGGACUGAUAAGGAGUGUGGCGCAAACGCUGAAUAUGAGAAGUUUUGUGUUCUCUUGCAUGCUUGCUUUAUGGAACUUGCAUUUUGGUUCCUUCAUAGGAUUUUAUGUUUGUUUUUUGUUGAGCUAUUAUCAGUUUAAUUUUGGUCGUUUGAAUUGGUUUCAGAUCAAAUAAUUAAUUAAAUUUGUGAAAGCAAAGCAUAUUAAACUCGAAUUUGAUAGGCAUAUUUGUUUAAUAAACACAAUGUUGUAGUGCUAGCUACUUGUGCUUCU